GGAGCUCGUUCCCACUAAAUGAAUGCUUCUGAACUCGCCCAGAAGAGCAAGGAGGAGACGGCAAGUGCCCUCCCACUAUAGAACGGACCGUGACACUGCCGGAGGCUUUGGAGAAAGAAUAUGGUGACCCGCUGAAUACUUCGGAUAAGAGAAGACAGUAUGUUUUGUGUGUUUUGAAAGUGUUAAUUGAGAGACAGCAACAGGCGGUGAGUAAAUUUAAGAAAGACUUGUGGCUCAGAGGUUGGAUGUGAAUGAUUCAUCUCAUCGCACUGGGAAAAUCCUCAGAAGACACCGCUGACCGCUUCCAAUCCCUUUCCCUCUGAAUUUGUCCACCAAAGUCACUACUCCUACAUCCCUUCGGCUUGUGUGAUUUAGUGUUGCUUUUUUUGCUACAGUUUUUACUCCCAUAUCAGAGAGGAGCUUUGAAGUUCUCAUCCAUCAUUUGUCUUUCUGCUCACCAUUGCAAGUUCGGCUUAGCUGUGUCAGUCAUACAGUUAGCCUGGCUUUUCUCCACAGCUCAACUGCUUGUCAGAACAGAAACACAUUUUUUCUAGCGGGAGACCGAUUGACCCCUCCACUUCAGCUUUGAGCUCUCAUCUUCCCCCCACUCUCCACUAUAUUUGAUCUGCAUCCAGUUGGGUAGACGAGUGGCACAGUUCCAAACUAGUGUAAAAGGGGCCCGUGUACCCUACAGAGGAGACACACGAACACUGCCUUAUUGCUGUCCAGCUAUUCUGUCCAGUGGCCAGAUUGUGCUGCCUGGUGAAGGAACAAAAAAUGUCUACCAAGGUACCCAUCUACCUGAAGCGGGGGAGCCGCAGAGGGAAGAAGGAGAAGCUUCGCGACAUCCUGUCUUCAGACAUGAUCAGCCCGCCCCUGGGGGACUUUCGACACACCAUCCACAUUGGGAGUGGGGGCGGGGAGAAUGACCUGUUCGGGGACCUGUCCUUCCUGCAGGGGAAGUUCCACCUGCUCCCCGGCCGGCAGGGCCACGGCCUCUCCCAGUGCCCCAGCCUGUACGGGGAGCGGCACCUCAACCGCCCCGCCAGUGUUUGUGGAGACCCACACUCCCAUGAGGGCUCGCUCCUACUGAAGAACGCCAUCUCUCUGCCCAUCAUCGGGGGUGUCCAGGCCCUCACACUGCCGGCCCCGAUCCCCUCUCAAACCCAUUCCCAGAUCCCCCCACCCAAGCCUCCCAGGCUGCACCUGGACAACAAGAACAUGACCCUUCCUCUCUCCAGAAGGGACCGCUCCCCGCACCUUGUCCACUCCUCCAACAAGACCUCUGUUCUAACCCCUCCCUCUCCCAAAGCCUCGCCUGAUGCAGAGAGAUGUGACACUGAGGACACGGCCCAGGAUAGACCCUACCUGUCCCACGCCAGCUCCUUGCUCUCCUUGCACCUGGACUUGGGGCCCUCCAUCCUGGAUGAAGUGUUACAGAUCAUGGACAACCAACGUCUGGGCCUCAGUGGGGCCGGUCUGCAUGUGGGACGACAAGGAAUCUUCACCUGAGGGACUUGGCUGUGCAGCACAGUGAGCAAGCCCAAUUCCCACCUCCUCAACACCUAGAACCAUGCCUGACUGGAUUACGUCACGAUGGAACACUUUUUAUGAAGCCCUUUUUGGACUUUUUACUGUUGGUUUGUUACCUUCAAGCCUUUUAUACUGUAUGAGUCACACAACAGCCGUGAGCCAUCUCCCAUGAAAACUGGUUUAUCCUGUAGCUGCUUUAAGGGGGCAUUAGUUGCUGGUUAAUAUAAAAUAAAACAAUAAUCAGUUUAGACUGAUGCACCUGUGAGUGCCUUUAAAGUAUGUAUUUUUAUAACUGAAUAGUUUUUGUCCUUACACACCUUGUUUUUAUUCUGAAACUUAUAAGCUACAGUCCUCCAGACCAGAAUACACUGUGAUUGAGUGGGCAUCCAACCUGUGAGACAGACUAUGGCCACUUUUUUUAGAUUCUUAUAAAGAACACUCCAGAGAAAAAAAUUAAUGUAUAGCUUCUCUUAAAAAAUAAUGUGUAAUGUAAUCUGAAUCACAAGGGUGAGAUCAGAAAAUGUAAUGCUUUGUGUGUGUGAAGUGGGAAUAUCAAGCAUUCUGCCUGCACCACACAAUAUAUUGGGUUUCUUUCAAGAAAUAGUUAAUGUCCAUGUUAAUUUUUUUUUUUUUCCACAAAAAUUGGGGUUUCAACUUAUAAUAUGUUUUAAAUCAGAACACAAACACAAACAUAAUCUUUCUUAAAAUAGGAAAGACAUUUAAAAAUAUUUCAGUAUAUGUUCACGAGAGGAAACAAAAAAUUCACUACAGAUGUCAAACACUACAGAUCACAGCGGGGCAACUCAGUGGAUCAAUACAAGAUAUAGGAUGCACUACAUAUACAGGGAUAAUGUGAAUAUAGAUUUUUCAGUUUUUGAAUUUGGGCACAGUUGAAGAAUUGCAUGCCUAGAUAAGGCCAUGAAUAUCUGCCGUGUAUCACAGCACCCAAGUCAUUUCUUUUUGAAGUUUUAUAUUUCAUUGAUUCAUAUUUCUGAAAUAUUUUAUUGUGAAAUAUUGAUGGACCUUCGGGUUGUCAAUUAUCUGGAGGAGUGGCUUUGUUUUGUCAACCAGACUUGACAACAAAAUCUUAAAACAGUCUGUGACCAAUAGAGGUAAUCAGCCGGAAAUGUUUGUGCCUCAACUUACCAGGGGAUUUUAGAAGGACAUGACACUUUCUGAGCACUCUUACUCACUUUGGGCUGUGACUUUCCCAUACUCUUUUGAAGGCUUACUCUAGAAAUUGUACACUUUCACUGUUCUGUUACAUUUUAACCAACUUUAAUAUACAAUUUCCUGAAUUCUGUUUCUUUUCUCUUCAUCAUAUUGAAUGAACCGAGUGAAAAUUUAGAAGUGAAAAUGUUUUACUUCUCAGCUUAAGAACCGAUGAAUGCCAUUCUUGUUAUCUACUUGUAUUUGCCUCCUUUAUUUCUUGCCAUUUUGACAGUGUUUCUUUUAUUUUCCUGUUAAGGUCUUGAGAAUACUCUGUAAUUUCAAAUCCAUUAAGGCUCCACACAGCCAAAUGAUCAUCUCACACAAAUAACUGUUUCUGCAUUGUAGUAAACAUUGUACUAAACCUUUUGAGUCACUAUUAAUUAAAUAAUUAGUAGUGUAUUUUGUUGCACUACUGCACUGUUGUAACCUAUUAUAAAUAUAUGGAGAUAUUUUUACUUAGGUUAAAGAAACAAUGGGUUGAUUCUUUGUUGAAAGCUACUAUUCUUAUAAAUAAACACCUCAUUUCUUGCCCUAAA